UUGCGGAUCAUGAAAUACAAGUGUGAAUCCUUCUGUGUGCAUGUGUGUAUUAUGAGACUGUUCUGAGCCCAUACUGUCUUGCCUCUGCGCCCCUUUUUGAGAAACACUGCCAUAUACCGAUCUCUGCGUGUCAGGGAGAUAAUGAAGGUGACUAUGUGAAUCGCAAAUCAUUCCACGGCCUCAACAUUCAGGUAAAUCUUGCACAUUCACUUAUAGAACACACAUUGAAGUCUGGGUGAUUAAAGGAAAUCACACAUUUAAAUAUUCACACAGUACAUGUUUCACACUUGGACUAUCUUUAUCUCGGACUCAUUGCAAAUGAACAUUGAUGCUACACUGACUAUGAUGCUCUUAUUGUGGAAGUAGGCUUGUUAACCCCAAAUGCUUUUGCAGGCCACAUGUGACCACAGGUGUCUCAUCACAAGCCUUGAGGCAAAGUGGCCUGGGUCAGUCCAUGACUCAAGGAUCUUCUCUGAGUCUUCACUGUGUCACAAAAUCGGGCAGGGGCUCUUCAGUGGAGUGCUGCUCGGGGACAGGGGUUAUGCCUGCCAGCCUUUCCUGAUGACCCCGUAUCCUGACCCUGGUGAAGGGCCACAAACCAGUUUCAAUGUGGCCCAUGCCAAAACCAGGGUCAGGAUUGAAAUGACCUUUGGCAUAUUGAAGGCCCGAUUCACCUGCCUGCGGGGGCUCAGAGUGGCCCCUGAAAGAGCUUGCUGCAUCAUAACGGCCUGUGUUGUGCUGCACAACAUCGCCACAAUGAGGAAGGGGAGGGCCCCUCCUGCAAACCCCCAACCUGCUGAUGUGGUAGACCCCAUCACCCUGGACUACCCUACUGGCAGGGCUGUCAGAGAAGCCAUCGCAUUAUUAUUUGCUUAAUAAAAAAAGAACACAGAGAGCGAGGCCUUGGAUGAUUUAUGUUGGAGUUUUUAUUUUUUCAGCCAUUCCUGAAGGAAAAAGAGAAAAAUACAUAAUUUGUUUACUUUUUCUGUAAAGAAAAAAGGGAUUUCUCUUUUAGGUAUCCUAAAAGAUGUAAAGGUCACCUUAUGCACCUUUCAUUUGACUUGAAAAUAAAUUACUGAAUGUUACAAAAUUACCUGUCUUUCUCUGUCCAAUUCUUCCACCUCCAGCUUGUUUUUUUUAAUUAAGAGCUUUCGGUGCUCUAUGAGCAGCUCAUUAAAUUGGAUGCUUUGGACUAGGGUCCGUUUGUAAAGGGCCCUCACAGUG